GGGGAAGCUGCCUGGGUUUCUCUUUCUGUAACCCAUCUUCUUUCUUCCAGUGUGUGGACUGAGUUUAGAUUAUUAUGAACGUGCUACGGUGCAGUGGAAGCUUUUCCUGGGCUCUUCGCUCUGGUCAACGGUCGUGGGCCCUUCCGACCAAAACACUUACCAAUCCUCGCCGGCAAUUUCACAGAGCUGCGCCCUUGUGGGGAGUGAAGUCACAAGUACUGAAGGAUGUCGGCGAGGGGAUAACGGAGGUCCAGAUCAUCCAAUGGUACGUCGAGGAAGGGGCGCGUAUCGAGGAAUGGAAGCCACUCUGUCAAUACCAAUCUGAUAAGGCAGUUGACGAUAUCACGUCAAGAUACGAAGGCGUGGUCAAGAAGCUCCAUUUUCAAGCCGACGAUACCGUCCCCACAGGCAAGGCUCUCUGCGAUAUCGAGGUCGAAGAUGGGAAAUACCCCGCCGAAACUCCCCCGCCUAAGCCCAUCUCCGAACCGAUCACAAUAGCUCCGGAGCCAGCAAUCUCGCAACCCACACUGGCCCAACCUCAGCAAGCCUCUCAGCCCAUACAAUCACAGGUCAACACUAGCACGUUAAAAUCACCCUAUGCAACGCUCGCCACCCCCGCAGUCCGAGGGCUGCUGAAGACACUGAAUGUCAACAUCGAAGAUGUACAAGGGACAGGCAAGGAUGGCCGGGUUCUGAAAGAGGAUGUACAGCGGUUCGCUGUGAGGCGAGACUCUGGGGUCGCUGCAAAGUCUACGGUGCUCGAAGAGCCACAAGCUGAAACGGUAGUCAAAUUAACGCCCAUUCAGUCGCAGAUGUUCAAGACGAUGACUCGCUCUCUCACAAUCCCCCAUCUCCUGUUCGCUGAUGAGCUCAACAUCAACGCUGUCAAUUCCAUGCGAAGGAAACUUGCCGCUGAUUCAAAGGACCCACGGAAAGUCACCUUCCUGUCGUUUGUUGUGAAGGCCGUGUCUCUUGCUCUCAACGAGUACCCCCUACUUAACGCAAGGGUUGACGCGACCAAUCCAGAGAAGCCACAGCUCAUCAUGCGCUCGAAGCAUAAUAUCGGCAUUGCAAUGGACACUCCCCAAGGGCUGAUUGUACCCAACAUCAAGGAUGUCGCCAAUCGCUCUAUCUUGGAUGUGGCAUCGGAGAUAACUCGACUUAGUGCCUUGGGCAGGGAGGGUAAGAUCACACCGGCGGAUCUCAACGGCGGGACUAUCACCGUCUCUAACAUUGGGAAUAUCGGAGGCACUUAUGUUGCCCCAGUGCUAGUUCCGACCGAGGUGGCAAUCAUGGGCAUUGGAAAGGUCAGGACUCUGCCUGUCUUCGACGACGCAGGCCAGGUCACGAAAGGCGAGCUCGUCAAUUUCAGCUGGAGUGCCGAUCAUCGGGUGGUGGAUGGCGCGACUAUGGCGCGUAUGGCUAACAGAGUGCGGGAGCUGGUUGAGAAUCCGGAACAGAUGCUGCUGAGUUUGCGGUAGCCUUCUUCCGGCUCUUUGGACUUGGACGGAGGACAUAUGUAACCCCUCCGAACGACAGAAUAGUCUCUUCGUCGCCCACAAACUUCCUCCCAUAGAAAAUCGAUGGUCUCCA